ACAAUGAGGGCCAGCAGGCUGCAUAGAAAGAUCAGCACCACCUCCAUGGUGCCGGCACAGCUGUUCCCUCUGAGACAAUCCCAGAAGGAUGUGUUCAGUCCCAAGGAGCCUGGAAGUGGCAUGUUUGCAACCGCUUUAGGGAUAGGAUUAUGCAAAUUGAAAGAAGAGCAAACAAUGUUACUGAAAUAAUCCACUGCAUAAUGGAACCUGAAUGCAUUAAAGAAAUAAUAAAAUAUUCACAAGUGUCAAGACUGUUCUUAAAAUGGAAGACAUUAGGCCAGGAGCGGUGGCUCAUGCCUGUAAUCCCAGCACUUUGGGAGGCUGAGGUGGGUGGAUCAUGAGGUCAGGAAUUCGAGACCAGCCUGGCCAACAUGGUGAAACCCCGUCUCUACUAACUACAAAAAUUAGCCGGGUGUGGUGGUGGGUUCCUGUAGUCCCAGCUACUCAGGACACUGAGGCAGGAGAAUCACUUGUUGCAGUGAGCCAAGAUCACGCCACUGCACUCCAGCCUGGGUGACAGAGCGAAAUUCCGUCUCAAAAAAAAAAACAAAAAACAAACAAAACACAAAAAACGAGGAAAACAUUAUUUAUGAACAGGAAAAUAAACUGUGACUUGAAGUGAUAAUCAUUAUUGUACUUGCCAUGGCUGUCUUCUGAAAUACAUCUCAUACCUUGAAUAAUUUGAUUCUUUUACAUGGAUGUUACUAAAUGCUUUUCCAGCAUGGGAACAAGUGGGAUCAUCAUCAGUGGUUGUAAAGAAGGGAAUAAAAAUGAACAGAAAUGUUUUUUCUUGGUCAGUGGACAUUAAUUUUUUAUUUUUAUUUUAAACUUCAAUAGCUUUUGGAGCAUAAGUGGUUUUUGGUUAUGGAUGAAUUAUAAAGUGGUAAAUCCUGAGAUUUUAGUGCAUCUAUCACCGGAGUAAUGUACACACUGUACCUAAUGUGUAGUUCCCGGCCUCCCCUCCCCCAGCCCACAGAGUUUUGCCGUUUUUGCCGAGGCUGGAGUGCAAUGGAACAAUCUCAGCUCACUGCAAGCUCCACCUCCUGGGUUUAAGUGAUUCCCCUGCCUCAGCCUCCCAAAUAGCUGGGACUGCAAGUAUGUGCCACCACAACCAGCUAAUUUUGUAUUUUUUUCUUUUUUCUUUUGAGAUGGAGUUUCGCUGUUGUUACCCAGACUGGAGUGCAAUGGCGCGAUCUCGGCUCACCAUAACCACUGCCUCCUGGGUUCAAGCAAUUCUCCUGCCUCAGCCUCCCGAGUAGCUGGGACUACAGGCGCGCACCACCAUGCCCAGCUAAUUUUUGUAUUUUUAGUAGAGACGGGGUUUCCCGUUGUUGACCAGGAUGGUCUCGAUCUCUUGACCCCGUGAUCCACCCGCCUCGGCCUCCCAAAGUGCUGGUAAUUUUGUAUCUUUAGUAGAGACGGGGUUUCAUUGUGUUGGUCAGGCUGCUCUCGAAUCCCUGUAAGUGAUUCACCCACCUCAGCCUCCCAAAGUGCUGAGAUUACAGGCGUGAGCCACCGCGCUUGGCCAUGUGUAGUUUUUUAAACCUCCGGCCCCCUUCCCACUCUCCCACUUGAGUCUCUUAAGUCCAUUAUAUCACUCUGUAUGCCUCUGCGUACUCAUAGCUUAGCUCCCACUUAUGAAUGAGAACCUGCGGUUUCUGGUUUUCCACUUCUGUGUUACCUUGGUCAGUGGACAUUUAAGAAGUUAUUGUGAUCGAUAGGGCGCGGUGGCUCACGCCUGUAAUCCCAGUACUUUGGGAGGCUGAGGCAGGCGGAUCACGAGGUUAGCAGAUGGAGACCAUCCUGGCUAACACAGUGAAAUCCCCUCUCUACUAAAAAAUACAAAAAAAUAGUCGGGCGUGGUGCUGCGUCUGUAGUCCCAGCUACUAGGGAGGCUGAGGCAGGAUAAUCGCUUGAACCCAGGAGGCGAAGGUUGCAGUGAGCCAAGAUCGCGCCAGUGCAUUCCAGCCUGGGCUACAGAGCAAGACUCUGUUUCAAAAAAAGUUACUGUGAUCAAAAGAUUCAACAUGUACUCCUGAAGAAUGGAAAAUGCAGGUUUGCCAUGAAAGAUGGUAGUACAUGGUUUAACAAAAUUUGAAGAGCAAUUCUGAGUUAUCUUUAUGAUAGUGUACAGGCUGUUAAUGCUCACAUCCAGCGUGUUUUCUCACUGUGAGCCUCCAGUGGACCAGAACGAAGCAAGUGGAGGUGGUGCUGUUGCAUCGCUGCCGCGCCACAGGAACCAACAGCAUUUAAAGAAAUUCCUAUCGUGAAUUCUGCCAAACGAGGAAGUGUUGAGGACAGCCAAAUCAUUAGGGAGAUGUAAUUCAUGAGAAAACUAUGUAAUUUAAAUACUCAUAAUUUCAGAUAACAAAUAAAACUGCAGCACUGCACUUGCUGCAUCUGGGAACGAACUCUACCCAAUGCAACUGAAACCUCAGGUCAUUUCUAAAGGAGCCACCCGAGGACUUGUGGGAAAUGUAGUGUGCACCUUCUGAGGGAGCAACGCGAGGACUUAUGGGAAAUGUAGUGUGCGUUUUCUGGCCCCAAUCGCGGGAGCCGCUCCGGGCCUUCUGCGCCGUGUGGCUCCAGGUUUGUUUUUCAUUUCAUCAGCCUGGUAGGGAGGGCUAUCUCCCGGCGACAGGGCAGAGAACGCGGUGGAAUCUCGCUGUUGCCUCCCAAUCACCUGUGGUCAGCGUCGCUGCGUUGUCACUGCAAUGCUGAGCCCAGCCAGGUGGCUGCAAGCGACUCCACACCGAGCCUCUGCCCAGCGUCACCCGGCCUGCUGUGUCCUCACAGGUUGCAGCUUCAUGGCCUGACACCUCCACUACACCCUCACAGUUUUCUCUGCUCUUCCAACACCAGGGGAAGAUGAUCACAGCCCAGGGACCAGUGUCAUUUAGGGAUGUGACUGUAGGCUUUAGUCAAGAGGAGUGGCAGCAUCUGGACCCUGCUCAGAGGACCCUGUACAGGGAUGUGAUGAUGGAGAACUACAGCCACCUUGUCUCAGUAGGGUAUUGCAUCCCUAAACCAGAAGUAAUCCUCAAGUUGGAGAAAGGCGAGGAGCCAUGGAUAUUAGAGGAAAAUUUUCCAAGCCAGAGUCAUCUGGAAUUAAUUAAUGCCAGUAGAAACUAUUCAAGAAUGAAGGUCGAUGAGUUUAACAAAGGUGGAAAAUGUUUCUGUGAUGAAAAGCGUAAAAUUGUUCAUUCUGUAGAGGAACCUUAUGAAUAUAAUAAAAAUGGGAAUGGCUUCUGGCUUAAUGAAGACCUCGUUUGGCAUCAGAAAAUUAAAAAUUGGGAGCAACCUUUUGAAUACGAUAAAUGUGGGAAAGCUUUCCCUGAGAAUUCACUCUUCCUUGUACAUAGGAGAGCUUACACAGGACAGAAAACCUGCAAAUAUAUUAAACAUGGGAAAACCUGUGAUAUGUCAUUUUUCAUUACUCAUCAGCAAACACAUCCAAGAGAGAACCACAAUGAAUGUGGAGAAAAUAUCUGUGAGGAAUCCAUUCUCCUUGAACAUCAGAGUGUUUACCCAUUCAGUCAGAAGUUAAACCUCACUCCAAUUCAGAGAACCCAUUCAACUGACAAUAUUAUUGAAUAUAAUGAAUGUGGAACUUUUUUCAGUGAAAAAUUAGUCCUUCAUGUACAACAGAGAACACAUACAGGAGAAAAACCUUAUGAAUGUCAUGAAUGUGGAAAAACCUUCACUCAGAAGUCAGCCCACACAAGACAUCAGAGAACACACACAGGAGGAAAAUCCUAUGAAUGUCAUGAAUGUGGGAAAAACUUCUAUAAGAAUUCAGACCUCAUUAAACACCAAAGAAUUCACACAGGGGAGAAACCGUAUGGAUGUCAUAUGUGUGGGAAAUCCUUCAGUGAAAAGUCAACCCUUACUCAACAUCAGAGAACACACACAGGGGAGAAACCAUAUGAAUGUCAUGAAUGUGGGAAAACCUUCUCAUUUAAGUCAGUCCUUACUGUGCAUCAGAAAACACACACAGGGGAGAAGCCCUAUGAAUGCUAUGAAUGUGGGAAAGCCUUUCUCAGAAAAUCAGACCUCAUUAAACAUCAAAGAACUCACACAGGAGAAAAACCUUAUGAAUGCAAUGAGUGUGGGAAAUCAUUCUCUGAGAAGUCAACUCUUACUAAACAUCUAAGAACUCACACAGGUGAGAAACCUUAUGAAUGUGUUCAGUGUGGAAAAUUUUUCUGCUACUACUCUGGUUUCACAGAACAUCUUAGAAGACACACAGGGGAGAAACCUUUUGGAUGUAAUGAAUGUGGGAAAACCUUUCGUCAGAAGUCAGCCCUAAUUGUUCACCAGAGAACUCAUAGAAGACAGAAACCCUAUGGAUGUAAUGAAUGUGGAAAAUCAUUCUGUGUGAAGUCAAAACUCAUUGCACAUCUUAGAACACACACAGGGGAGAAACCCUAUGAAUGUAAUGUUUGUGGAAAAUCAUUCUAUAUUAAGUCAAAACUCACUGUACAUCAGAGAACACACUUGGGGAGAAACCCUAUAAAUGUAGUUAAGUGAGGGAAGUUACUCUGGGUGAAGUCAGAACUUUGUAGAAAAGAGAACAUAAAGGGUGAGAGAAUUCUGUUAAUAUAAUGCUAAUGAAAACGCCUUUGCUCUGAAGUCAGUUCUCACAGUAUAGAAGAGAACUUAAAGAGGGGAAAAAACAAUAUGAAGAUAUGGAAUGUAGGAACACAUUCCUUUGGAAUUUGGACCAUACAUUAUGUUGCAAAACUAAAAGUGGAAAAACUUAUUGGGAAAUGAAUAUAGGAAAUAUUUUGCCCAAUGCCGCAUCUCACUAAAUAUUAGAGAGUUCACACAGGGUAGAAACUUGCGUCAGCAUCCCUAGAUUAAGAAGGGAUGCGUUUUCAGAAUAAUGCAUCUGAGAAGACACACAGGGAGAAACCUUUUGGGUGUAAUGAAUGUGGGAAAACCUUUUGUGACAAGUUAGCCCUAACUUUCACCAGAGAACUCAUAUAAGACAGAAACCCUCUGGAUGUGGUGAAUAUGGAAAAUCAUUCUGUGUAAAGUCAAGAGGCCAGAGAAAAUGCACAAACUAUAGGAAACUGUAGGAAAGCAUUUACUAUAAGGUUAUAUUUUAUGGAGAAUGUGUAAUUUGUAGUAGGUUCUCAGUAAACAUCAGAUAGUAGGGAAGGUAUUUUUAUCUUUAAGUUAAAAUCUAAAUUUAAUAUAGACCAGAGAUGUUGAAUUUGCAGGAUAUCUAGCAAUUUAACAAAAUGUGGAAAAAAGGUUUUUAUUGAGGAAUAGCAUUUUACUUUGUAAAAAUCCAAUUUAGUUAUUGUCAAGACUGCUAUUUUCUGAGAUAGAGAUUUGAAAACAUGCCACUCUGGAGUCAAUGGCUCUAAGUAGUUACUGCUUAGUUAUAUGCAAAAUCAGGGAAGAUUUUUAGCAAGGGGACCCAGCAUCAGGAGUACACUUGUAUGUCCAGGUAAAAAGAGAGAGACCCUCAACCUGGGGACAUAGGACAGGAGCCUCCUGGCAGGAUUUUUCAAUAAUCCUGAGACAGACUAAUUUCGGGUGACCCAUCUCAGAAUGGUGGAUCAAAGGGGCAAGUCAAUUUGCCAUAUAUGCAACUUACGAGGAUAGAGUGGGUCCAGAUUUUUGGUGGUUUCUGCCCUAACAUAUGUCUAACACAUAAGCCAGGACAUUCUGCUGUGAGUGACUUCUUAUACCCAACUCUAUUUCUCUUCAUACUGCAACACGUCUUUCAUAGGUGAUACAGGUAUUUUUAAAAUAUAUAUAGAUAUAACUUAAAUAUGGAGCUUUCAAAAAGCACAAAUAGGCUGGGCAUGGUAGCUCACGCCUGUAAUCCCAGUACUUUGGGAGGCUGAGGUGUGCAAAUCACCUGAGGUCAGGAAUUUGUGACCAGCCUGGCCAGCAUGGUGACACCCUGUCCCUACUAAAAAUACAAAAAUUAGCCAGGUAUGGUGGCACAUGCCACAGUCCCAGCUACUAGAGAGGCUGAGGAGGGAUGAUCACUUGAACCUUGGAGCUAAAGGUUGCAGCAAGCUGAGAUCUUGCUACUGCACUCACUCCAGCCUGAGCAAUAGAGACUGUUUCAAAACAAAACAAAAAGCAAAAAUAGAUUUUGCUAUUGGGUAAGGUAUAGUUGCUGGCAGAAGAAUGGACCCAUUGAGAACAGCUCUAUAGAAGCAAAGAGGACUAAAGUGGCAAAAUUCUAGAGUGGUAAAUCCCAGAAAGCACAUGCACAGAAUGCAGCUGUUUGCUCUAAGGGUCCUUUCUACUUCUGGCUAUAGGGAAGAACCUGAAUACCGAACUUGGUUCAGGAAGAGGGCCAUAAUCUAGGGGUUAUGGGGGGGACCAGAAACCAGGAGAACAAUCAAGACUGAAUUGAAAAAAAAAUUUAUAUAUUAGGGGCUUCAAACACAUACUUUUUCUCAAGAAAUUUUUAGAUGUCUCACACUGCAUAGGGCAGGAACCUAAAAACCUAUUUGAGAAGAAAACAAGUAUGAUUUUUGUUUUGUUUUGCAUUUUGCAGUACAAAGGAGAAAUGAUUAGAAUUUAGGAAGUGCUAGCAAGCUGGUCCUUUGGUGAAUAUGCCAUCAAUAAAAGCCCUGGAAACAAGGUCAAACCAGAGGCUGAUUGUGCCUUGUCACAAAUGCAAACAAUACCUGAGUGAAUAUUAAAAAACUUGCUUAGAAAGGCCGGGUGCGGUGGCUCAAGCCUGUAAUCCCAGCACUUUGGGAGGCCGAGGCGGGUGGAUCACGAGGUCAAGAGAUCGAGACCAUCCUGGUCAAUAUGGUGAAACCCCGUCUCUACUAAAAAUAUAAAAAUUAGCUGGGCAUGGUGGCGUGUGCCUGUAAUCCUAGCUACUCAGGAGGCUGAGGCAGGAGAACUGCCUGAACCCAGGAGGCAGAGGUUGCGGUGAGCCAAGAUCACGCCAUUGCACUCCAGCCUGGGUAACAAGAGCGAAAUUCCAUCUUAAACAAACAACAACAACAACAACAACAAAAAAACAAAACUUGCUUAGAAAGAAACACUCUAGGAACAAAUGGCUUCACUGCAGUUAUUCCAAAUAUUUAAGAAAUAAAGAAUACCAAGCUUUUAUAAACUUUUUUUGGAAGAAAAAAGAUGGAACUUUUCCAAUUCAGUUUUUAAGGCCAGUACAACCUUGGUACCAAAUCUUAAAAAAAAAAAAAAAAAAAUAUUAUAUAUAUAUAUAUAUAUAUACCAAAGUCUGAUUGAUUUAGAUGCAAAAUCCUAAAAUUAAAAAAAAAAAACCUAGCCAUAUUCAUAAAGUAUAUCAUCACCAAGAGAUGGCUAUUAGGGCAAUCAAAAGAUGGUUUAUUAUUUAACCAUUAUUUAAGAAAACAAUGUCGCCUUCCAUUCUUUCUUUUCAUUCCCGCUUUUGACUUUUCAUGUGUCUGUCUUGCCUGCCUUCCCCACAGUGGAGGAGUUACACCUGCCUUAGGGGAUGAGAGGAGUUGUGGUCAUGUGCCUGCUGGCACCAAGACUGCUAAGGGUGAGGUGUGGAAGGGACAGAUGGAGGAGACUGUUGAGAAAUUGGUACCAUUGAGCAAAUAAAUAUGUUGAGGAUGAUGAGAGCAAGGUUUCUCUCUGUUAGAGAAGGUACUUAUAAAAAUAGAAAUGAGGAGAGCUAGAAAACCUUGGAGUGUGGGACUGGAAUAGAACUCACAUCUUUUAAAUAUAUAGGAACAAAUAGAGAAAUUAUGUUUGCAUACAUGCAUAUAUUUUGUGAUUUUACUGAGAGGACCUAACUGCAGUGAUACCUCAGUAACAAUAAGCACAUCAGCUGUCAAGUUAUUAGUUCCUAAAUAUUAUCCACAAAAAGGGGACCAGGGCUGAUUCCUAGUCAGAGAUUGAGAGAAAUACAAGAUGGACCUCAAUUGCUUCAUAUAUCUAACAGUAAGAAAAUACUCUGGCUGGGCUUGUUGGCUCAUGCAUGUAAUUCUAGCACAUUAGAAGGUUGAGGUACGGGUUGCUUGAGCUCAGGAGUUUGAGACCAGCCUGGGCAACGUGGCAAACCUGUCUCUAUAAAAAAUACAAAAAUUAGCCAGGUAUAGUGGCAUGCACCUGUAGUCCCAGGUACUCAGAAGGUGGAGAGGUGGGAGGAUCACUUGAGCCUGGGAGACUGAGUCUGCAUUGAGCUGUGAUGGUGCCACUGUACUGGAUCCAGCCUGGGUGACAGACUGAGAACCUGUCAUGGGGGGUGGGGGGGAGACAUCAUUCAGCAGGCUAAUGCAUAAACUGUGGAGCAUCUAGAAAACUUUAACAUUCUUCAAAGAAAUAGAAAAUACAAUCCUAAUUGGAACCACAAAAGACCUAGGAAUAGUCAGAGCUAUCCUGAGCAAAAGGAAUGAAACUGGAGGAAUCAUAUUACCUGACUUUAAAUUAUUCUACAGAGCUGUAGUAACCAAAACAGCAAGUUACUAGCAUAAAAACAAACACAUAGGAACAGAAUAGAAAACCUAGAAACAAAUUCAUAUAUCUAUGGUAAACUCACUUUUGACAAAGGUGCCAAGAACAUUCAUUGGGGAAAAAAUAGCAUCUUUAACAAAUGGUGCUGAGAAAACUGGAUAUCCAUAUACAGAAGAAUGAAACAAGUUCAAUCUAAGACCUCAAAUUAUGAAACUGCUAAAAGAAAACACUGGAGAAACUCUCCAGGGCAUUGGAGUGGGCAAAGAUUUCUUGUGUAAUACCUAACAAACAGGCAGCCAAAGCAUAAGUGGACAAAUAGGAUCGAAUCAAGUUAAAAAGCUGCGCUGCAAAGGAAACAACAAAAUGAAGAGACAACCCAUAGAAUGGGAGACAGUAUUUGCAAAGUAUCCAUCUGUAUUAGGCCAUUCUUGCAGUACUAUAAAGAAAUAGCUGAGAUGGUAAUUUAUAAAGAAGAAGAUUAAUUGGUUCAUGGUUUUGCAGGCUGUACAGAAAGCAUGGUGCUAACAUCUGAUCAGCUUGUAGGAAAGCCUCAGGAAGCUUCCAACCAUGGUGGAAGGCAAAAGCGGACUGAAUAUCUCAGAUGGUGGGAGCAAGGGCAGAGAGAGAGAGGGGGAGGGAAGUGCCACAUACUUAAAUAACUAGAUUUUGUGAGUACUCAGAUCUUGUGAAGGGUGCUUGAGGUCAUGGACACCCCAUUUACCCUGAUGUGAUUAUUAUACAUUUCUUGCCUGUAUCAAAAUAUCUCAUGUACUCUAUGAAUAUAUACACCUACUUUAUACCCACAAAAUUUAAAAAUAAAGUUAAUUUCAGUGUUUAAA